UUUUACAUAUCAAAUACUAGUAAUUUUGAACAUGAAAAUUGAAUUGUUAACCUUGGUAUUUUUUACUAAAACUUUUUUUUUUGAAGUUGUACUUGUUAAUUGUGAUAAAAAUCCAAUGAAUUAUGAAUCAUAUUUCGUAAAUGUUAUGAAUUACAUAAGUACUCAAAUAACACAGAUGAACCUGGAACACUUAUCAGUAAGGAUUGAAAAUGAUAAAAUUAUAAACAUAGAAGAUGUUCUAAAAUAUAAAUCAGAAAAUAUUAUUGAAUUAUUAAAAAAAUAUUAUAUUAUAGUUGAUUUAUUCAAUCACUUAUUUGCUGAAGUACUACAAAUAUUAACUGAACACUUAAAAAUUAUUUUAUACGAUUGUGAAUGUUUUUUUAGAAAAAAUUUAUUUAAAAAUUUAAUUAGUUGUACAGUAACACUUUCACAUGCAACUAAAAAUUCAAAUUUUAUGUUCGAAUAUUUAUACAAAGCUAUUGCAUUUAUUGAUAACUUGGGUGUAAUAUUAAUGUUAAGUAAUUCAAUUCAUCCAAAAACGAUAGUAAAAGAAAUUUAUACUAUUAAAUAUUAUACGUUUUUAAUGAAAAAAUCAGAAUUAGUUAAUUAUAUGAAUUAUGAUGGAAACAUUAAAAUAAAAGAAGUUUUGAAGGACGUUAUUGAAAUAAAUAAUUUCGUUAGUAAAAUAGUUUCAAUAACAGAUGAAAUUGAUAAAAACAAUCUUACUAUUANCGUUAGUAAAAUAGUUUCAAUAACAGAUGAAAUUGAUAAAAACAAUCUUACUAUUGAAAAUAGUAAAAUGAAAUUUAAUUUACGAGAAAAGUACUAUGGCGAAUAUAUAAAUAAUAAUUAUGAAAUGAAUUUUGCCGAUUUUAUUAGAGAAAAGUUAAAUUAUUACUGUACAGAAACCAUUAAAAACUAUUAUUUAAAAAUUGGAUUUGAUCAGUUACUUAACCCUAAAACAGCUAAGCUUAAUCCACCUCAGAACUACCAUACUCCUCAACAUAGAGCAAUUGAAAUACUAAAUACAUUAUUCUGUGAAGGAGAUUGGAAGAUAUUGAAUCAUGUAAAAAUAAUCGUUAAUGGUGAAAUAAUCACUACUAAUCAAAUUAUUAAAGAUACUGUAAAUGAUUUUAAUUUCAAUCUAAAAAAGCAAUACUUUUUACAUCUGAUGAGGUGCAAAUAUACUGCAGUAUUGAAAAAUUAUAACACAUAUAUGUCUGCUGUAAUUGAAACAUGCAAACUUGAAAGACGUGAUAAAAAUUUAAAUGGCUAUAAAGAUUGUUGUAUUCAAUUUUUUAAAAUGGUUAAAGAUUCAAAAAAAAUGUUUAAUCAAAUGUUGUUAGCUUUAGAUAAAUUAAAAGAUUCAUCAAUUUGGGAAGUGACUUAUAAUAAUUCACCUUCAUGUUUAACACAUACCUAUAAUUUAUUAAAAAAUUAUUUUCCAAAAAUUGAACAGCUUAAUAUAACGAAAAAUGAUUUUAUUAAUCUAUCUAUCGACGAAGAAUAUUCAAAAGUCAAUAAAUUUUUAUUAGAUUUUCAGAGAGCACGAAAUAAAUUUAAUCGGGGUAUUAUUUAUGGAUGUAAAUUUACCAGUUAUAGUUGCUCGAUUGAAAGUGAAAAUUUAGAAAACAGUCAAUUAAUAAAAUCAUGGAUGACUAUAGUUUCGUCAACUAAUAAAAACAACACUCACAAAAGUCCAUUACGUUUGUAUGAAUGCGCUUUAGAUCAAUUUAUGGCGUUUUUUGAUGUUACUACUAUAAGUGUAUAUGAUUGGUUAGGUUUCAAUAAUAUAUUUAUGAGUAUUUAGCAAAAGUUUUGUAUUAUUAGUAUUUUAUUUUAAAUAAAUAAAUUUU